AUGGCCUCACUAUGCCGGCGGCUACCCGCCGCAUCGGUCGGUCAGGUCAAGUUCCGGCGCCCCGCCGGUAUAUGCGGGGUGCGUUAUAGUUAUUGCAUCCGGAGGCCAAUGCGGUUGGCGGCGGCGGGGUCCACCGUUGGAGGUCGUGCAUGGGUUACAUUCGCCGUCGGAGGGAGGGAGGAGAAGGUGGGGCCUUGCUCCUACGCGGUGGAGGAUCGGAAGGUGGUGGCAGAUGGCGGAAGGGAAACGGUGGAGGGGAGUGGCAAACGGGCGGCGGAAGUGGCAGUGGCGGCGGUGGCGACGGUGGUGUUGGGUGUUGGGAACCGGGUUUUGUAUAAGCUGGCUUUGGUUCCUUUGAAGCAGUACCCUUUCUUCCUUGCUCAACUUGCCACUUUCGGGUAUAUAAUAGUGUACUUUGGCAUUUUGUAUAUUCGACACCAUGCGGGCAUGGUUACUGAUGAAAUGCUAGAUGCGCCAAAGGCUCCAUUUGUAGUUGUUGGUCUAUUGGAGGCUCUUGCUGCUGCCACUGGAAUGGCUGCAGGAGCAAUUCUAUCUGGAGCAUCAAUUCCAAUUUUGUCUCAGACUUUUCUAGUAUGGCAAAUACUCCUGUCAAUUAUUUUUCUUGGAAGAAGAUAUAAAGUCAACCAACUACUUGGAUGCUUUCUUGUAUCCAUUGGGGUAGUUGUUACUGUAGCAAGUGGAGCUGGUGCUGGGAAUUCAUUGAAGGAAGGUGGUAUGUUUUGGAGUUUUUUGAUGAUAGUUUCAUUUUUCCUCCAAGCAGCUGGUACCGUGCUGAAGGAGACAAUAUUUUUGGAUUCAACCCAAAAACUGAAGGGAGGUUGUAUGGACUUGUUUGUUGUCAAUUCGUAUGGGUCCGCUUUCCAAGCACUAUUCAUAUCCCUUCUUCUCCCCUUCUUGUCAAAAUUAUGGGGCAUCCCCUUCAGUCAACUACCAAACUAUCUUAAAGAUGGUGCAGCCUGCUUCCUAAAUGUUGGUACAUUAUCAAGUAUUGGAUGUGAUGGUGCCCCUCUGCUGCCUCUGCUGUUUAUUACUGUAAACAUAGGUUUCAAUAUUGCAUUGCUUCAUCUCCUCAAAAUCUCUUCAGCUGUUGUAUCUUGUCUUGCUUCCACACUUUCAGUUCCAAUUUCAAUCUAUGUGUUCACCAUGCCAUUGCCAUACCUUGGUGUUGCGUCCUCUCUUCCAACAGGGUUCAUGGCAGGGGCCAUCGUUCUCAUUUUGGGCUUACUCAUUUAUGCAUGGACCCCUUCAAAUGGUUUCUCAAGUGCUUCCUUCUCAGCUUCCACCUAG